AUGGAGCCCGGGUCCUGUUCUCGCCACUCCUGGGCGGAUGAAGUCGACGAGGAAGAGACGGCCCGGAGCGCUGGCAGAUCUGCUCUCUUCGAGUUCCCACCCCUGGCGGCGGCUACGCACGCCUCCUUUGUGCUCCAAGCGAGCUCCCUGGACCCGGAUGCGGAGCCCUUCUUUGCUUCCCCGGGAGGGUCGGAGAGGCUACACUUCACCGAUUCGGAGGCAUCGUUCGGCGACUCUGAUGCACCUCCUUCAUCGGGCCACGGGCGGUGCACCAUUGUAGGCGUUGGCGGCGCGUCGCGGCGCCGCGGCGCCCCGUGCCCGCCAACCUGGUUGGCAAAUGCUUCAACUGUCUUGCAGAUCUCCUUCGGUGUCACCUGUUUGCGAGCCUCCAACCCCGGAGCCGGGCGUGGUGGCGUCCGAAGAGCCAACAAACGACGUUGGAGGGAUGACCCACUUCAUGGCGCUGCUGCCGAUGCGCUUGCCGGCGGUGGCCACUCCGGGGCGGGCGGCAGCCUCGGAGCGGGUUUCUGUGCGGAUGGCGGGGUGGUGCCUGGCACCGCAGAGGAAGUAGGCUCCUCCCAUGUGCCGGACCACCCACGUGGCUAUCCCCGUUCUCUGCUGAGGCGGGUGGAGGAGCCACCGGCGUCGCCAAGGACAAGGGCCAAGACGUCGCUUCUCCUGCUAGUGGUGGUUCCACGGACUAUGGCCAUACAGGUGGCGGAGGAAGCGCUGUCGCUCGCGCUGCUGGCGCUGGUUCUUGGCACUAGGCCAGCGGUCACCCCGGUCGCGAUGCUCUACUACCUUCAGGAGCACUACGGCAUCACGGAGGAGCACGUGUCUGUCCGACGGACCAGGCCGGAUGACUUCCUUGUGCGGUUCAGCCACCAGGAGGACCUUGACCUCGUCCUCUAUAACCAGAGGCCUGAGGGAGUGUCGUUCGCGCUGUGGUGGCGACGCUAUAGCUGUCUAAUCAUGGGAUCGGCUGGUGCCUUCCGUUACCGCGUCCUCGUCGGCAUGAAGGGUAUCCCCUCGCAUGCGCGCUCGUCGGAGGUAGCGCAAACCAUCCUGGGAUCGGCUGGGGCCAAGGUGGAGAUUGCGGACCCGGACGCUCUCUCCUAUCUGGAAGAUGAGCGAGAGUUCUUCGUGUCUACCUGGUGCGCCCAUCCUGACCUGGUUCUAGACGAGAUCAUCAUGGCAGUGCCGGAGCCAGAGGAGGAGCAUGACAGUGGCUCGCCGCUCUACCUUAGGCCGCACGAAAUCAUUCAUGAUGACGUGCCCGCGCUCAGGUAUUUGGUCCACAUUCGGAUCGUGGAGUUUCAGGACUGGCAUACGACGACGCCUUCUUCGGACGAUGAGUUCUACGGCGCCGGAGACGAUGAAGAUAGCGACGACAGCAACUAUAACGGCUUUCAUCUGGGCUUUGGCGGCGGUGCGCGACCACGGACUACAAGGUUCGCCGGUCCGGACGAGCCGCGUCUCGGGCGGGUCUCCGGGCCAGCUUUCCAGGCGCAGGAAAUAAGGGACACGAUCCUAAUUGGUGCUGUCAACUGCCCUGUCAAGUCACCGCGCAACGCCAUGCCCUGCUGCGGUGCUAGCAACGCAUUUCACGCCACGCCUGUGGCGCAUGUCGAGGAGCCCCUGGUUGCGGAGGUGGACUUCGUUGCCAUGUGCUCAGGCUCACCCUUUUCUGUCGGGUUUGCAGCGGUUGACCCAAUGGUGGAUGACGCUGCGUAG